AUGAUCUGCCCAACGCGCACGGACGGCACGCACCCCGACUGCUCCAAGGGCGCUGACGUCAUCAACAACUCGUGGGGCGGCAAGAAGUACCACCCGGUGUACGAAGAAGCGAUCGCGUCGAUCCGCAAGGCCGGUAUCACGCCCAUCUUCGCCAACGGCAACGAAGGUCCGGCUUGUGGGACGACGGGGAGCCCGGGAACGUACCCUAACGUCAUUUCGGUUGGCGCCAUCGGCUCGUACACGAACGAGCCCAACAAGCUCGCGUUCUUCUCGUCCAAGGGCCCAGGCAAGUACGUUGACGCGCACAACGUGCGGCAGACGAUCGUCAAGCCGACAAUUUCGGCCCCCGGCUUCUUUACGCUCUCGGCCUACAACAACAGCGACACGGAGCUCACGUAUCUCGCCGGUACCUCGAUGGCGGCGCCGCACGUGGCUGGUGUCGUCGCGCUCCUCAAGUCGAUCAAGCGCGACCUGACGUACGACGAAAUCUACGCCUACUUGACGCAGACGGCUGACCGGGCGCUCGAGGGCGAGCCCAAGGAGUGGCUCGUCCCCAACAAGACGUCCAACAGUACGAAUGUCUACCCUGGCGCCUUCAACUGCGGCGGUGUCGACGACACCAAGUGGCCUAACAACCGGUACGGCUACGGCCGCGUCAACGUUGCCAAGAUCCUUGCUGGUGGCAAGUUUGCGUCGGUCGUGACCCCGACGCCGGUGCCCCGGACGACGCCGCCAGCGCCGGUUGAAACGAACUUCUGCACGUACAAGAAGACGGCGCUCUCGGAGUGGAACCAAGGCUUGUACAUCGACACGAUCAAGAACAACAAGAACGAAGGCUUCACGAUUGACCGCGUCAACAACAUUAUUGCGGCGUACGCUCCCCCGAAGAAGGACUCGUACUGCCUCGCUCUCACCAAGGAUGCCACCAACACCAACACGGCGACGCUCACCAAGUGCAAGGGCGACGAGACGCAGAUCUGGAAAUUUGAUUCGGCCGCCAAGCGCAUCGUCCACCCGGCGUCUGGCUUUUGCUUGACAUCGAACGCCGCCAAGCUCGGUGCCGGCCCCAGCGUCGCCCCGUGCUCGCCCGGUGCCGUGAGCCAGUACUUUGACGCGUGCGACAACGUCAAGGAGAAGAGCUACGUCAAGCUCAUCACCAAGACCAACAAGGUCAUCUCCGAGUUCUACUCGGGCGUCUACGCCGACUGGGUCUCGGACUCGGUCAACGAGCUCUUCACCUACGACUCGGCGGCCAAGACGCUCCAGGCGGCUAGCAACGGUCAAUGCCUCGACGCGUACCGUGACGGCAACAACUGGAAGCCACCACGGGCAUGGGUCUUGUGCAAGCUCUUGGCCAACGCGGAGACGCUGCGGGUGUUGAUCUCGCAGUCUUUAAACCGGACGCUGGGGACACCCGCGAGAAUGCAGGCGCGAAGGACCUGUGGAGCGCACUUCUUGUGUUCACCGAAGUACUCGCAGCUGUUCCAUGCGACCGACUCGAGCUGCGCCGACCGCGUGGCAAAGUCAAGCCACACUCGCAUCGCACAGGCUGACGGCUUCGAUGUGCAAGGUGCGUAG